AUCAACAAAAACACCCACCAAAACCCAACCCCCUUCACAAAUUUUCCCCACACACAAAACUUCAAUCAAACCAAUCAAUGGCGACUAUGGUGGUGGUGCACCACAAACAGCCCUCCUCCGCCAUCCUCUCUUCCUCACUCUCCGAUUUCAGUGGCGCCAGGCUUACCGCCUCCGUCCAGUAUAAGAGGAAAGUAUGGCAGUCGAAAAGUGCACUUAGUGUUACAGCAUCGAGUGAGAAGAAAAUACUUAUAAUGGGAGGCACUCGAUUCAUUGGCCUAUUUUUGUCCAGACUUCUUGUCAAAGAAGGCCAUAAGGUCACCUUGUUCACCAGAGGAAAAGCACCCAUUGCUCAACAAUUGCCCGGUGAAUCGGAUACUGAAUUUUCCGAUUAUGCCUCCAAGAUCUUGCACUUAAAGGGAGACAGAAAGGACUUUGAAUUUGUGAAGAGCAGUCUUUCCGCAGAAGGAUUUGACGUUGUUUACGAUAUCAAUGGGCGUGAAGCCGAUGAAGUGGAGCCCAUUUUGGAUGCUUUGCCAAAUCUAGAACAGUACAUAUACUGCUCAUCAGCCGGAGUUUACCUCAAAACCGAUUGUCCACCACAUUAUGAGGUUGAUGCGGUUGAUCCAAAGAGUAGACACAAAGGAAAGCUCGAAACCGAGAGCUUAUUGCAAUCACGAGACGUAAACUGGACUUCUAUAAGGCCAGUGUACAUUUACGGACCACUCAACUACAACCCGGUUGAAGAAUGGUUCUUCCACCGUUUGAAAGCGGGUCGACCCAUACCCAUUCCCAACUCCGGAAUUCAAAUCACACAACUCGGUCAUGUCAAGGACCUCGCGACAGCUUUUAUUAAGGUUCUUGGUAACGAGAAAGCGAGCAAGGAAAUAUUCAAUAUAUCUGGAGAGAAAUACGUUACCUUCGACGGAUUAGCAAAGGCUUGUGCUAAGGCUGGUGGAUUCCCGGAGCCUGAGAUUAUUCAUUACAAUCCGAAGGAGUUCGAUUUCGGUAAAAAGAAACCGUUUCCUUUCAGGGACCAGCAUUUCUUUGCAUCGGUUGACAAAGCAAAGAGCGUGCUCGGGUUGAAACCGGAAUUCGAUCUGGUUGAAGGGCUUACAGAUUCUUACAACCUGGACUUUGGCAGAGGAACAUUCCGGAAAGAAGCCGAUUUCUCCACCGAUGACAUCAUUCUCGGAAAGAGUCUUGUUCUCCAGAGCUAGUUCAUAAGUUACGGUUGUUUCGUUUUUUUUUUGGCCCCCUUUCUGUUUUUAUUAUAAUACAUCGGAAAAUAAUAUUUAUCCAAGUUCUCACUCUUUUGGGCAUGGAAUGGAAAGAAGCAUGUUCUUGUUAA